UUUUUUUCCACUCCGGCGGAUAUGCAAAAAAGGAAAACUCCCUCUCUGACGUCAGAGGGGUAUAAAAAAGGGCAAAAGGAGAAGAUUCAGAUGGAGCGCAAAACCCGAUCCUAUACACACUCUCGCACUUUCUCCCUCACACACACUCACAGUGCAGUUUGGGAUUUUGUUUUUAUUUCAGCAACUAUGAGGAGAUCUAUCUGAUUUUGGAUUCGUAAACUUUCCCGACUUUAGGCACUCUUCGUGCUCUCCGAGUAUUUGACCUCUCUCUUCCCCGGUGCGCUCUGCGUGAUGCCCGCUGGCAUGUUCAGCAUCGACAGUAUCCUGGCCGGUAGAGCUGGCAGAGCUGGCCGAAGUGCCCGAGCAGGCUGUAAGGACUCUCUCCUGCUCAGCGGGGAUGAAGGGCCGCUCCUCUUCCCCAGUUUGUCGGAGUCAUUGGCUCCUGAUUACAGCGGAGUGUAUUCAGCCCGGAUACCGGCUUACAGCUCCUACUGCUACGGUGCGAGCGCGGCGCCGAGCUGCUGCCCCGGAUCCUUACCGAGUCAGUGCCCAUGCAUGCCAACAGUGUAUGACAGUCCAGGUUCGGUGCUGAUGUCCCCUCUUCCUCCUCCUCACAUGAUGUCCUACAUGUCCAUGUCCCCUCUUGCCCCUCUGACCCCGCUGAGCUCGGUGUCGCGCGCGGAGCUGCAGCUUCUCAAUCAGUUGCACUGCAGGAGGAAGCGGCGGCACCGCACCAUCUUCACCGACGAGCAGCUCGAAGCCCUCGAGGGCCUUUUUCAGGAGACAAAAUACCCGGAUGUAGGCACCAGGGAGCAACUGGCCCGAAAAGUGCACCUGCGCGAGGAGAAAGUGGAGGUUUGGUUCAAGAACCGACGGGCAAAAUGGAGACGACAGAAAAGAUCGUCCUCGGAGGAAUCCGAAAGCGCACAGAAAUGGAACAAAUCCGCCAAGAGCGCGACUGCGGAGAAAACAGAGGAGAACAAAAGCGACGCGGAGUCGGACAGCUGAUUAACACCACACACACACACACACACACACACACACACACACACACACACACACACACACAAACAAAUACAUUUAUAAUGUCUUAAUAUAAUCACCGAUCGGACUUGUACAUAAUGUACAUAAAAGAUUAUGUCGUGUGAAACUGAAAACGUUAUGUCAUGUUUUCAUGCUGUUGCACAGAUGUAUAGUAAAUGUCACAUUUUAGCUUUGAUUAUUGUUAUUUAUAUUAAUUUAAUUUUUUUUUUACACAGCAGACAAAAUAUACCGUGGUCUGGUCAUAUGAAUAUUAAAUAUUACUAUCACGA